UCCACCAUGGGUGGAAAACUUUCACCAUUCUGGAAAACACCUGACCAAAAGGAGAGUGAAAGCAAACCGAUUUUACCCAGACAACUGGAUGCUGAAGAUGAAAUCCCCAAUUACGCUAGUAUCAAUGACUCUGCUACAUCCUGUGUGCCCUGUGUGGGCAUUGCACGUCGAAGCUAUGUCAACUGUCCAACGUGUCAGGGAACAGGAAGGAUCCCUGGGGAGCAAGAGAAGCAGCUGGUGGCUCUGAUUCCAUACGGUGACCAAAGGCUGAAGCCUAGACGAACGAAACUCUAUGUAUGUCUUGCUGUGACGAUCUGCCUGCUGACAACAUCUCUCGGUAUUUUCUUCCUGUUUCCUCGCUCCAUUACUGUGCUGCCUGCAGGGCUGAAAGCUUCCUCCAUUGGCUUUAAUGCCACCACCACCAGUAUAUACCUCAACAUGACGAACGUGCUGAAUAUAACUAAUAACAACUUCUACCUGGUCACUGUUGUGCAGCUAGACAUAGAGGUUUUGCACCAGUCCCUAGUAGUAGGGAAGACCACCAUGAAAACCCUGCUGAAUAUGAGCCCUUUGCAGAGCGGCCAGAUCUAUUAUAUGGUGGCCAGUAGGAUAUUGGACGACAACACCUAUAACAUUUGCACCUGGACAAAGGUCAAAGUUCACAAUAUUCUGCUGCAUAUACAGGGUACCCUGACCUGCACGUACCUGUGUCAUUCAGAGCAGCUGACUUUUGAAGACUACCAGUACGUGGACUGCCAGGGGAAUGCCACGCUACCUCGCCCAUUGUACCACUGCCUGCCAUGACAGGGCCAGGUUGGCAGAGCUUUUGGGUGCAGCAUAUUCUACCACAAAGGCAAGUCAUAGGGAGACAAACUUCUGGGGCUUCUUCUCAUUCUGUGCCUUAAACAGGAUAAGACUUCCAUGUCUUGUGCAAAGAUGGUAACGUACUUGGCCUUAUGAAUGUGGACUCUGCUGCCCUCAGAUUGCAGCUUUUUUUUUUCAGUGCCUUAUCAUGGCUGACGCUUCAGCAGAGUGACCAGUGUAUGAGGGGGGUGUCUCUGCGUGGCUGAUGGGAGUGGGCCACACUCUUGUUUCACUACUGCUUUGGAGGCAGUGCCCUGUUAGUCAGACUAACUCCUAGUUGUUUCCUCCUUGCAUAAUUUUGCACUUCUGUCCUGAAUUUAAGUAUUUUGUAACUUGAAAAAGGACUGUGAUGAGACUUUUUGGCUGGAUUGCAUCUACAUCACCAGAAUCUAAUGACCGUUGUAGAACCUGUGCAACAAGAGCAAGAAACAGGACUGAUGUCUCUAUAUCUCUGGGUCUUAAGAAAAACUACUGCAUGUCAUGCCAAAACACCUUGUGAAAGUGACUCUUGGGUGACUGCUGUUUUAAGCUGUCCAGUAUAGGAGGUGAGAAUAUGCAUUUUUGUAUAUAUGUAUUUUUAAAACAAGCUCAUCUGCUAGCUGUUCCUUAAUGGCAUCCAUUUCAGUGAGAAGAAAAUGCAUUUUGUAUCAUGAACCAAAAAGAUUGCUACUUUCCAGGCAGCGGUGUGUAGUGGCCAGCUCAUGCUGUUUGCUGUAUUGUUUUCUUGUAUGCUUUGGCAUUUAAUGCUUUCAGCUUGAACAAGCAUGAGAGAGUUCAUCUCUGACUGGAAGAGCUUAGUUUGCACAAAUAUCAGGAAACAGCUGGCUCUGGGGUGUGGUGUUUUGGGGUUGUUUGGGAUUUUUUCUGUUUUUUUUUUUUUUGUCUAAAGCU